GCGCAUUAGUUAGAGUUCAGUCUACAAAGCAGCUGUCCGCGGAGCGUGUCGGUUUGUCUUCUCCCGGGGGAAAACGACAACGACGUCUCGCUCUCGUGUGACUGUGGAGCAAUAUAUCGCCUUGCUCCCUCCUCCAGUGUGACGGAGAUGCUCUCCGUGCGGACUCCGUUGCGCCACAACCGCGUAUAGAAGUCGUUUCUACCUGGGAACUGCACGCGGAGCUCCAGCUGAGCUCCUACUGUAGAGACGGAGCUGUGGGACCAUGGCGGACGAGGCUAUUCGUGUGAAGGUGGUGUGUCGCGUCCGCCCGCUGAACGAGAAAGAGAGAGCCAGCGGGGACGCUUCAAUAGUCAACUUUCCUUCACCUUCUUGUGUCGCUCUUGGGCAACGCAUGUACACCUACGACCAUGUGUUCCAACCAGUCUCCACACAAGUUGAAGUCUACACCACCUCAGCCAGACCUCUCGUCAAAGAUGUACUGAGCGGGUACAAUGCAACCAUAUUUGCCUAUGGACAGACAGCUAGCGGGAAAACGCACACAAUGGAGGGAGUUCUAGAAAGCUCUGAAUUUCGUGGAAUAAUUCCCAGAAUUGUUGGAGACAUUUUCGAGCACAUCUACGCAAUGGAUGCCAAUCUGGAGAUACACAUAAAGAUAUCCUAUUUCGAGAUCUACAUGGAAAAGAUACGAGAUCUACUAGACAUGACCAAAAGCAAUCUGCCUAUUGGAGAGAGCAAGACUAAGGUUCCGUAUGUGAAGGGGAUAACUGAGCGAUUUGCCACCAGUCCAGAGGAGGUACUGGCUGUCGUCGAAGAGGGAAAAUCAAACAGAAAAGUCGCCGUCACGAAUAUGAAUGCACACAGCUCGCGGAGCCACGCUGUUUUCCUGAUAGCCAUCAAACAAGAGAACAAGGAGACGAGACAGACGCUCACAGGGAAACUCUAUCUAGUCGACCUGGCCGGCUCCGAGAAGGUUGAAAAGACUAACGCACAGGGGCUUACCCUCGAGGAGGCCAAGACCAUCAACAAAAGUCUUCUGGCACUCAGCAACGUAAUCGCUGCCCUCUCUGAAGGAAAUAAACCGUUCAUUCCGUACCGAGACUCGAAGUUGACACGAGUGUUGCAGGAGAGUCUGGGGGGCAACGCGAGGACGACUCUCAUCAUCUGCUGUUCUCCGUCGCCGUACAACGAAGCGGAGACUAAGACCACUCUCAUGUUUGGUGAUCGAGCCAAGAGUAUAAAGAACAAGGUUGCAGUCAACGUAGAAUUGACGGCGGAGGAAUGGCGGCGGAGGUUCGAGAAGGAGAGGGAAACGUCGCAGAAGUUGAAGUUUAUAGUCCAGCAACAAGAUGCUGAGCUGGCGAGGUGGAGGGCUGGAGAGAGCGUCCCCGAAUCAGAGAGGUCGAGAUUGAAAAUGAAAGCUGUUGUAGCACCGACGACGGCAGGAGAAUCACCCGCGGCCGUGACGGCUCAGGGUGCGUUAGGGGUUAAUAUUCCGGCGGCUGGGUUGGCCACACCCACUGCCACACCUAUUGCCACACCCACUCCGGUUCAGACGAGAGCGUUUGAAGAGGAGCGAACAAGGCUUUGUCAGCAACUGGACGAAAAGGAGGAGGAACUACAGGCCCAGUCGGAGCUGGUGGAGAAGCUGACAAUGAAACUGGGAGAUAUCGAAGAGAACUUUGAGGAGUUGCAGAAAGACAAUGCAACCAUAAAGAAACAGAUCACGGUGAUAGAGCACGAGUUGCUCAGCAGCCAGGAAGAGGUCCACGAAGUAAUGCAGGCGCUGGAAGAGCUGGCCGUCUCCUACGACACCAAGGACAGGGAGAUAGGGACCGUCUUCAACGAUAAACUGACUCUGGCACAGGAGAACGAGAGGAUACAGAGUGUGUUGGAUCAGAGAAUGCUGGAACUGGAGAAACUUCGCGAAUCGACUGGCCUCGACCGACGCAAGACCAACGAACUCCUCCUCUCCAUCUUCCGCGAAGUAAACGGGGUUUCGUCCAUUCUCUCUCCGAAAUCGGACGAAUGGGUUCCCCUCUCCUCCUCCUCUUCCUCCACGUCGGCCACGCCCCCUCCGAAGGUCACAGACGAGGAUUUCACGAGGGUCAGAGUUCAGCUGUCGAACAUGAGGUGCGAGGCGAGGUCGCUCACCGAACAGCGAGCCAUUCUGGAACAAGCCGAGAGAGAGGCAAAGGAGAAGGCACAGGCGCUCAUGAAGGAAGUUGCCAACUGCAAACUAAAACUUUCUCAGUAUGAGACGCACAACGAGACCCUGACAAGCACCCUGAAGAGGUCGGAACUGCAGAAGAGGGAUCUGGAGGACAGUCUCCACUCAUUGGAGGGGCAGCUGCAGGACAUGAGGGGGAAGGAGGAAUCACUGACUAGGGUGGAGAGAGAGAGGGAGCAGCGGACUGAGGGGCUGGAGCACGUGUCUAGAGAGCUGGAGGACCUGCUGGAGGACGCAGAGACACUCCUACCAGAAGCAGCUGGCUCUCCUUCAGGAGGACAUUGCUGGCAAGGAGACGCAGAUUGCUCAGAUAACCGAGCAGUACAGAGCUCAGCUUUUGCAGAUUGAGUCACUAAACUCAGAGUUGGGUACACUGAGUCAGCAGUAUACCAGAGAGAAGGUCCACUAUGCCAGCAUCCGGCAGAGGGUCCGUGUCAAGGAACAGGUCAAGAGCGACUUGGGAGGACUCUCUGAGACGGUGUCACAUCAACUGGAUAGACUCAACGACCUGAGAGAAACCUACUUCCAAUUAAUGACCGCCAAACUAAGGUCUAAGGGCUCCGACGAUACCAUGGCAACGGCAUCGCCUAGCAACCGACAACUCCAGUUCAUCGAGCGGAAUUUGGAAGAAAUCACACGAGUCCAUAAGAAGACGGUGUCGGAGAACGCGGAGAUGCAGCGGGAAAUCCCUCGACUGCACGGCGUGAUGGCGUGCAAGAGCAAACGGAUUGGCGAGUUGGAAAACAUGCUGCGUGAGAUGAAAGAGACCUUCAGCAAGGAGUACGACAGACUGAGACAGGAGAACGAGAAGAUGAAGCAGAGCUUCAUGGCCAAGCUGAAGGAGAAGGAGAGGGAAUACCAACAUGAAAGGAUAGUCCGAAGACAAGGACCUCAAAUAGUUCGACCUGUCAUUCAACAAAGGGCCUCCCAAUCAUCGGCCUCUCGAGACACUCUCCUGGCAGGGGCUGGGGUGACUGUUAUCGGUCAGCGCAAGAAGCCACCCCAACUCAGUCUAGAACAAGAAACGCAGGCCCCGUCAGAAGGGGGCGGAGAGUCGACAGGCACUAGUGACUCAGCAGCAGCUGCCUCUUCCUCACAGCUCAGUAAGUCCACGGCCACCCAGACCACGGCGCUCAUCUGCCUUGUUCUGCUCUACCUCCUCGCCACCCUCCUCUGGCAACAACAACACACCCUUGUUGCCAGGGGACUGUUGCUAUGGGAAUGGUAACCGUGGCAAUGGGGUCGUUACCGGGGUGUCGUAUUGGCAGUAUGACCUCUGCAAAAAAUUCUGUGUCGUUUUGUCUGUCCGCAGUGUGUUUAAAAUUUUAUCCCACCCAUAUUUCUUACAUGAAUGUUGUAACUUUUUUGUCAAAAUUUUGCCUGGACCGCAUAAAAAUCACCAGAUUUUAAACUAUAAUCAUUCAAAUCUCCGAUAAUACAUAUUUAAAGAAUUUUUACCAAUCUUGUCUUUAUUGAUCAUCUUUUUGAUGUCGUUUUUAAAUCAAAUCUGCUUUUAUGUUUUG